CCUUCUCUCCCCCACUUCUGCAGCACUGACCCUGCCAACUGUGACAUCACACGUGAUGCAAGAGGCUGGCUGCUGGGAGGGGCUAUGACCCUCAAGAAAAGCCACUCACCAAUUUUGCCCCACCGGCAUGAAGAGCCCCUCUCCCCUUCUGACCACUCACGGCAGCAACAGCGGGGGGAAGAUCCGUAAACUCGAUGAGGUUGAGGCUCAAGACGUCCCUUCUGAUGAAGUGUACCCUACCAGUUGUCCCAGUGACUGUUGUAGCGACUCCCAAGUUCUCCAAGAUCUGCCAAUCCCUGAGUCAAGAUGUUCCUCUUCGCCAACAAAACCAAGACCCCCAUCAGCACCUACACGGACUCCUACAGGGCUCCGAAUACCAUGAAGAAGACCUACGAUGAGGCUCCGUUGGCUCUGUGGAGUGAAAACAAGUUCGUGACGCAGGGCUUGACCGUUCCCAGAAUCGACCACCCGAUAGACCAAAACCGCCUGGAGAAUAUCGUGAAGAAGGCAGUGGAGGAAUACACCUAUAAGAACUCCAUAGACCCAACAGCUUACCGGCCGUACAAAUACUGGGUGACCAGGGAGGAAGAGAAGUUCAACCCGGUCUUCCUUGGCGACGACAGGUACGCGACGUGGAGAACGGGGCCCUACAACAGCGCGGCGUGGAAUCGAUACACCACGUACCUUCCACGGAUCCCUCGGGAGGCUGGGUUAGAGUCGAUCCUUCGCGGGAUGCCCAUGCAAUACCCUCCGAAACCUGAGCGUCUCAACAAUUACGAACGGGAAGUGGUGGUUAACAUGUUGAACAGCUUGUCUCGGAAGCAGCUUCCAUCCAUACAGCACCGCUACACCAUCCCAGGAAGGAUGCCGUACCAAGGCUACUACAGCCCCUGCACGGGACGCCAUUACUGCUUGCGAGGGAUGGACUACUACGUCGACGGGGCGCCCACCAACGAGCGACAGAUCAGCCAGCUAGUUGAGAAGAUUGUAAGGAAUUUCCAGUACUACGACCGCGACCACGAGAUGACACUUUGUGCACGCAUGCCCAACCUGCCACCUGGUUUCCCGUAUAUGAACCUUAAGUGGGAUACAAGCCAUUUUAAGAAGGCCGGAGGGGCACAGAGGGACAGCUUUAUCAUUCAUCCUGAAUUUGUUUCGGAGUCAUUCCUCCAUCCACCGUGUUGGUAGUAGAGAGUUGAGACAGGCUGCCAUUAAAAUUGCCGCUGGUGACUAA